AUGAAGGACUUUUUUGCAUUUAUGAUACAAAAAAGGUUAGCUGAUGGUUCUCCAUUGCUGUAUUCAAGAAGAUUAUUCCAACAAUUUCUGGUGGAAGGAUAUUCUUUGGUUGAGUCUGCUAGACUAACAUACAUUCGAUUAGACAAGGACAAAUUUAGGUGUGAGAUGUACAAGGAAAUAAGUGAAGUUAUAUUGAUGGGUGAAACAACACCUUCAUCAAGGGGUAAACGUAUCAUACUUCUGUCAUCUUUCAUUGGAGGGCCAAGAUAUAUGAUACUGAACUAUCAGGAUGCUUUGGCAAUUUGUAGGGUUGUUGCAUACCCAAAGCUUUUCUUAACAUUUACUUGUAAUUCUAAGUGGCCUAAGUUUGAGAAUUUUCUAAAGAAUAGGGAUCUAAAUGCUGAAAACCGUCCUGAUAUGGUAUGUCGAACCUUUAAGGUCAAAUUGGAUUGUCUAAUCCAAGACAUCAAAAAGAACAAUAUAUUUGGAAGGGUCGUUGCAGUUGUCUAUACUAUCGAAUUCCAAAAGCAUGGUCUACCCUAUGCACACAUCUUGGUCUUCUUACAUCGAGAUGACAAGUAUCCAACUGUAGAUGAUAUUGAUCGAAUCAUAAGUACUGAAAUACCAGAUAAGGACAGAGAUCCACUAUACUAUGAAGCUGUAGAAAAACACAUGAUGCACGGUCCAUGUGGGAGCAUCAAGAAAGACUCACCGUGCAUGGAGAAUGGGAAGUGCAUUAGACACCUUUCUAAGAAAUUUGUCAACAACACUACUAUUGACGAUGAUGGAUAUCCUGUUUACCGACGAAGAGAUAAUGGAAAGACAAUUAGCAAAUGUGGGGUUGAACUUGACAAUCGUUAUAUUAUCCCACACAAUAGGAAGCUUCUUUUGAGAUAUGGGGCACACAUUAACGUUGAAUGGUGCAACCAAUUAAGAUCAAUCAAGUACUUAUUCAAGUAUGUUAAUAAAGGAAACGAUCGAGUAACUGCUUCGUUUUACAACAGUGGCACAGCCGAUGUAGAGAAUGAUGAGUGUGAUGAAGUUAGCAUGUAUUAUGACUGUGAGAAACCUGUUAUUUUUCAAGAUCAUGAAAAUCUAGAAGAUGUUGCUAAGAAGGAAUCUAUGUUUCUUAGAUGGUUCAAGGCAAACAAGAAGUCCAGUGAGGUUCGGAGUUUGACAUAUUCAGAAUUUCCAUCCAAGUUUGUGUGGAAGCCACUACCAAGGAAAUGGUUCCCACGCAAGUCUCAUUCAGUUAUUGGACGGAUAUUCUUUGUGCUACCAGGAUCAGGAGAAAUAUACUAUCUUCAAUUACUCUUAAAUUUUGUGAGAAGUCUAACCAGCUCUGAGGAUAUUAGAACUAUUGACAGUAUUCUAUACCCUACAUUUAGAGAUGCAUGUUAUGUACAAGGUAUUCUAGAUGAUGACAAGGAAUAUAUCGAUGCUGUUGAGGAAGCAAAUUUACAUAUGACAGAGACAGAAAUAAGAGACUUGACUCUUAUUGAAAUUGAGAACUUAUUAAAGGGAUACAAUAAGAGCCUAAGAGACAUCCCUUCUAUGCCAUUCCCUAACAUUGACAUCUGUUAUCAACAAUUGAUGUCCAAUGGUGUCAAUAGGCUUAUUUAUGACGAGUUUCGUUACGAUAGGCGACAAUUGGUAGUGGAACAUGCAAAUUUAUUACAAAAGCUAACAGAUGAGCAGAAGCGAGUGUAUAAACAAAUAUUAGCAGCUGCCAAUAGUGGUGAUGGUGGUGUGUUUGUACUAUAUGGAUAUGGCAGUACAGGAAAGACAUUUAUUUGGAAAACAUUAGCUGCUGCAAUUAGAUCUAAAGGUUGA